AUGGAGCGCGCUCACACCACAGAGGCUCGUCUGGGCUCUCUGUCAGAAGAGGAGCAAGGCAGGCAGCCGCACAGCCACGAUAGGACACGUACCAACGCCCUCACAACCAGGGUGAGUGCGGUGCCAGCAAACAAGCAUAAAAAGAAAGUGAAGAUGGUAAAGAAGGCGUGGCACGCAGAACACAUGGUACGCAGCUCGGAGCCCCAGUGUACUGCCAGGAGCGGCCAGAGAGUUACCAAGCCGCCGGUGGCACAUUUGAGUGAGCGGCUUCUCCUACAAGUGGUCUGUCAGCAGCAGCCCCGCAAGAUUCCCUCUCCACGCCUCUUGGGUCACCAGGGCGAAAAGCCGACUGAUGCGGCAACGGGCGCCAUCUUGCCGCCCAUGAGCCUGGAGGCUGCCACGCUUGUAGGGAGGGAGGACACUGAGCCUCCCCAAACACCUACCACCCUUCCAGCAACGGAGUCCCAUCUGGAGGGUGAACUUGGAAGAAACUCCACUCCGGUAGUGAACUACCAACAUGUCCUGGCCUUGGUAUUUGCUGUAAAAGAAAUCAAUGAACAUCCCAAGAUCUUACCCAAUAUCACUUUGGGCUUCCAUAUUUAUGAUAGUUUCCACAAUGCAAGAAUUACCUAUGAGACCACCCUGAGAAUGCUUUCCGCACAACACAGAUUUGUUCCCAACUACAAUUGUGACAUCCAGGACAAACUGAUAUCGGUCAUUGGUGGACUUAGCUCUGAAAUUUCUUUUUAUAUGUCUGUCAUCUUAGAUAUCUACCACAUCCCACAGGAUGACAAUGGGGAAACCUUUCUGCAGAGCCUGAUAUCAACAUUUUCUCAGAGUGGAAUCUGUGUUGCUUUCAUACAAAGACACCCAGAAGUAAAUAUUAUAUCUGAUAUCGAUGAUGUGAUGGAAAAUUGGAUUGAAAUGUAUUUAGUCCUCCUUCACAGCAAAGCCAAUGUCAUCGUUGUCCAUGGGGAGCCUCAAACCAUGUUUUCACUGAGACGGGUACUGUAUGCAAGAGAAGAGGAAUCGUUGGCAAAAAAUCCUCUUGCAAAAGUGUGGGUUGUGGCAGCCCAGUGGGGUUUUGCAUCUGUGACCUUUCAAAGGACAAAUGAUAUACAAGAAUUCUAUGGGGCCAUCACUCUCCCAGUUCAUACAAAGGAGGUACCAGGAUUCCAAAAAUUUCUACAAAACAGGAAUCCGUCUGUGACAAAAGGAGAUGGUUUCAUCCAGCACUUCUGGCAACAAGCAUUUGAGUGCUCAUUUCCAAAUACUGAUGUAGAUCCAACUAGUGAAAAAAGGUGCACUUGGGAGGAGAAGCUGGAGAGUCUUCCUGGGCCCCUAUUCGAAAUGAGCAUGACUGGCCACAGCUAUAGUAUCUACAAUGCUGUCUAUGCUGUGGCACAUACCUUGCAUGCCAUGCAUGUAUCCAGAGGCAAGCACAGAGUCAUACUUAAUGAAGGGAGGCUGCUGAAUCAGAAGGUGAAGUCAUGGAAGCUGCAUCCCUUUUUAAGCAGGAUCUCAUUCAACAACAGUGCCGGAGAUUCAGUGUCUUUUGAUGAGAAUCGAGAAUUAGCAACCGGGUUUGAUAUUAUCAAUUUGGUCACUUUCCUAAACAACUCUUUUGUUAGAGUAAAAGUUGGGAAGCUCAGUCCUCAAGAUCCUUCAGGCAAAGACUUCACCAUUCAUGAUGACAAAAUCCUCUGGCACAGGAGCUUUAACCAGGUGUUGCCCGUUUCUUUGUGUAAUGACAACUGCCUUCCAGGUUUCAGAAGGAAAAAGAAGGAAGGGGAGCCAUUUUGCUGUUAUGAUUGUGAUCCAUGUCCGGAAGGGGAGAUUUCAAAUCAAAAUGACAUGGAUUUCUGUAUCAAAUGUCCAGAAGAUCAAUAUCCAAACAUGGACCAAGAUCAAUGUGUCCUCAAAGUUGUCACCUACUUAUCUUACAAAGACUUUUUGGGUGAAAGUCUUACUUUUUCUUCCAUUUUUCUCUCUCUGGUCACAAUACUGAUUCUGAGAAUCUUUGUUAAACACCGAGAAACCCCCAUAGUCAAAGCUAACAACCGGAAUCUCACCUUCGCUCUCCUCAUCUCCCUCCUGCUCUGCUUCCUUUGUCCAUUACUAUUCAUUGGCCAACCUAAGAAGGUGACUUGCCUUCUUCGACAAACUGCUUUUGGCAUCAUCUUCUCAGUGGCCCUCUCCUGCGUGUUGGCAAAAACCAUCAUUGUUGUCCUCGCUUUCAUGGCUACCAAGCCAGGAAGCUGGAUGAGGAAAUGGGUGGGGAAAAGACUGGCGUACACGAUCAUCUUUAGCUGCUCCUUUAUACAGUUGAGUAUUUGUGCUCUUUGGCUUCACACCUCUCCUCCAUUCCCACAUUUGGACUUGCACUCCCUUUCAGAAGAAAUCAUAAUGGAAUGCAAUGAAGGUUCCAUCCUCAUGUUCUACAUUGCCUUGGGCUACUUGGGAUUUCUGGCCAUCCUGAGCUUCAUUGUGGCUUUCCUGGCCAGGAAGUUGCCAGACACUUUCAACGAAGCCAAGUUCAUCACCUUCAGCAUGUUGGUAUUUUGCUGCGUCUGGCUGACUUUUGUCCCAACCUACCUGAGCACAAAAGGAAAGUAUAUGGUAGCUGUGGAGAUCUUCUCCAUCUUGGCAUCCUCAGCUGGGUUACUAUGUUGUAUCUUCUUCCCAAAAUGCUGCAUUAUUAUACUGAGACCUGAGCUGAAUAAUAGGGAGAGACUUUCAACAAGAAGGACUCACUGA